AUCCCGCAGCCCUGAGGUUUCUUCCCUCACUCCCAUCCCUUGGGGUUAUAGUGAGCCCUCAUCUCCCCCAGUUGUAUCAGCAGCACAUCCCCCUGCUCGGGAUCCAGGGGGCACUUGUCAUGACUUCUGAAUAAAGGCUCGUGCAGGAUCUGGAAGAGGAUACUAGAGCCCAGCACCAGAGAGGAGGAGGCGGCUGGAGCAGUGAGUGUGUGUGCUUACAGGGUGUGCAUUGGGACAGAGGGCUGGGCUUGUCUCUCCCUGCUCCCGGCACUGCCGCAACGGGCUCCAGACCAGGGACAGCACCUCACCAAAGCUGCAUGACUGUUGCAAAGAUGUCAUGGCAGCCUCAGUAUCGAACCUCUAAAUACCGUCAUGUCUUUGGCAAGCCUGCAAACAAGGAGAACUGCUACGACAAUGUGCCUAUUACAAGAAGCGUACAUGACAACCAUUUCUGUGCUGUAAACCCAAACUUCAUUGCUGUAGUGACCGAAUGUGCAGGUGGAGGAGCAUUCAUUGUAAUACCUAUACAACUGUCAGGAAAGCUCGAUCCUCAUUAUCCUAAAGUUUCUGGUCACAGAGGAAAUGUGCUGGACAUCAAGUGGAACCCCUUUGAUGACUACGUCAUUGCUUCCUGUUCUGAAGAUGCUUCUGUAAAAAUUUGGGACAUUCCAAAGCCUUUUGUAACCAAGAAUAUAACCAAUGCACGGAAAGAACUUCUUGGUCAUUCUAGAAGAGUCGGUCUUAUAGAAUGGCACCCCACAGCUAGCAAUAUCAUACUCAGCACUGCCUAUGAUUACAAGAUUAUGAUAUGGAAUCUUAACAAUGAGGAGCCAAUAAUUUACAGUCCCGUCAGGACAAUAGAGUGUCAUAAAGAUGUCAUUCUCUCUAUGUCCUUCAAUCUAGAUGGAAGUCUUUUAGCUACAUCAUGUAAAGACAGAAAAGUCAGAAUCCUUGAUCCCCUUAAAGGAUGCAUCAUCCAGGAAUCUAAUGGCAAGGAUCACAAAACCAGCAAAGUUUUGUUUCUGGGAAACAUGAAGAAACUGGUCUCAACGGGGACAUCUCGGUGGAAUAACAGACAAGUUGUCCUCUUGGAUCAAGAUGACCUAUCCGUGCCUUUACAUCAAGAGGACUUAGAUGGUUCCUCGGGUGUACUUUUUCCUUUUUUUGACAAUGACACAAAUAUGCUGUAUUUAGUGGGCAAGGGAGAGGGGAAUAUCAGAUAUUAUGAAGUAAAUGCUCAAAAACCUUAUAUGCAACACUUGAAUGAAUAUCGGUCUUCCUUACCUCAAAAAGGAAUAGGUGUUUUGCCAAAAAGGGGCGUUGAUGUAUCCUCGUGUGAAGUGUUCAGAUUUUUCAAGCUGGUGACAAUUAAAGGACUAAUAGAGCCAGUUUCAAUGAUUGUGCCUAGGAGGUCGGAAUCGUACCAGGAGGACAUUUACCCAAUGACAGCUGGAACACAGCCAGCCCUUACAGCACAUGAAUGGCUAAGUGGAAUUAAUAGAGGUCCUAUUUUGAUAUCCCUAAAACCUGGAUUAAAAUCAUCCCCAACUCAUAAAGCUUCCUCCGGUGAGGAAGAGGAGCUGCUUGCUAAAGAGCCAAAGAGAAUGUAUGAUGAAAAGCCUCCAACAAAGACAUUAUGGGAAAUAGAAUAUAAAACAGAAAUCAUAAGGGAAGACAGAGGAAGGAGGAAAAUGACAGGAAAAUUCCAAGAAACUAGAAACUCCCUAAUCUCCAAUGGAUUGGAUUUGUUUGAAUGUCCACCACCCAAGACUGAGAAUGAGUUGUUGCAGAUGUUCUACAAGCAGCAAGAAGAAAUCCGCAGGUUACGUGAUCAGUUGAGCCAAAGGGAUAUUCAGAUCCGGCAACUUGAGUUAGAAAUCAAAAAUGUUCGAAAUAGUGCAGUGUAUUAAUUCUACCCAGUGCACAGCCUACAGAAUGUAACCCUGAAAAAUGCCUCCAGAAAAACAUUGCAAUUAAUUUUAUUUUUAUGUAAAAAGAAAAAAAAUUACUGACCAACAUGUAGCAAUGCUACAGGGUGCACAUAUUUAUCGUUUAUUGCACAUAUUUUUUAAUAUACUAUAAAAAACAGUCAUAGUGGGUCGUCCCUGAAGGUGCAGAGUCUAUUCAUCAAAGGCUCUUACCUAUGUAAUAAUGUAAUGUGAAAAAUAAAAAACUUAACCAUGGGGUGCUGCAUAUUCAUAGUAGUCUUCAUCAAGUCAGUAGAUGGCUAUAGCUAGUGCUCUGUUUUCUAUAAGGGAACCAGUGAUGAAUAGACUAUUUAUGCUUUUACUUGUUGAGUCCUUACACUGCUAACCCUAUCCUUGCCCAACUAAACCCAUCAUUUACUUUGGGUUUUCCAGUGAUUAAAAAAUGUUUUAUAUUGUGCUGGGGUAAAAAAGAAUCUAUACUUACCUACCCUGGUUCCCCAUAGCUUUCGUUGUUGCUCCUUUUCAUUCCCCCGCAGCUUACCUAUUCUCCCAGCUUCUUGUCUUGGAAGCAGGACCUGCCGCUCAGCCAGUUGUUGUCAGCAGUGGUGUCCUCUCUUGGCCAGUGAUUAAAUCAGGAGCAGAACCUGUCCACUGAGCCAAAGACAAGAGGUCGGAAGAAGAGAAGAGCAGUGGGGAAUAGAAGCUAAGGAGAACCAGGAUAGGUAAGUAUAGCUUUUUUAUUUUUACCACAGCACAAUAUAUGAUAAAAAUGUAAUCACUGGAAUACCCUUUUUAAAGAGGACCUGUGUUUUUGAAGUUUUUUUUUAUAUUCUCUGUUGUCCUGAUUUGAACUUUGUUUUUGUUUUCUUGUUACACUUCACUGUUCCCAUGAUAUAGGGGUUUUACUUUUUGAUUGACUAUUAGUUCUUUUCACUGGUGGGUAGGCAUUUUAUUUCAAAAUGGGGUAUGGAUGCUAGGCUUAGAGGGGUGUAAAUAUGUGCUUCAUAAUCCCCCCCUCUGAACAUGAUUCACACCCCCUGAGCCUAACAUUCACACCCUAUUAUGAAGUAAGUUCCCACCCAUCUGACUAUUCAGUGAAAAGAACUGUACAUCCAAGUCCCAAGGCUAUAAAAUGUUAUUAAAAGAAAAGAAAAUCUAUUUAUCUAAAGAGAUUUGUUUUACCAAUCACAGGUACAUAAAUCUAAACAUGAAAGCUCCAUACCCAGUUGUGCUUUUAUGUCCAGAAAGAAUAACCAUAACACAUGCGUUAAAAAAUUGCAAGACAAGAUGCUCCAGAAUUGAUAUUUUAUAGGAAGAACGUAAGUAGUUACGAAGACAGAUAUGUGGGGAGAAUUAACAGGUCCUCUUUAACAGUAAUUAAAAUGUUUAGAACUGGUCAAGGAUUUUGAGAUCCUAAAUCUACUAAUGUGAAGUCUAUGUUUUGUUCCCGAAUACUUACCCCCCACCAUUGGCUAUUCCUAUGCAUUUUCCAUAUAUUUUUUUCUCUGCUUAGUUGUUCACCAAUUUUAAAUGAUUUUAUAAGUCAUUGUUCUAAGAUAGAACUCUUUAAAGAUUCAUCAUUAGUCUCCAGCUGCCUAUUAAAUGGGGAACUAACCAGUUAUUUUCAAGGCUAUGCAUAUACCACGGUCCCUGUGAACCUUUAGAUCCACACUGCAUCUAUUACAUCAUCUUCUUAAUUACUGUCUUAAAAUCCUUGGCAUAUGGAUGCCAGUCCUAGAAAGCUUCAUCUGAAUUUGAAGAGUCUGCGAUGACUCAUACAGCAACAGUUUGCAGAACAGUUUUACAUUGAUGUUCUGAUAGUAACAGCCGUCAUCUCAUUUCUGUGAAUAAGAAUUAUGUUUCGGAGGCUGGGUUCACAUUACGUUUUCAGCAAUACGGGACCGUAUCCCAGCCUGAGAGUGCUAAUUGAUUACAUCAGAUGAUCCUGCAUUAUGGGUAGUAUUGACUUAUGCCUUAUACUAAUACAGUUGUUUCAGGGUCAACAAUAUUUUGUAGUCUCAUGUGUGUUAAUGUAUAUACACUUACAUCCAUAGAGGGGGACAUUUAUCAUUGUUGUCUUUAGUGAGUUCUGAAGUUUUUAGCUUUUUUUAAGUUAAGUUUUGCUACAUAUUUAUCAUCCUAACAUAGUGGGUUGAUAAAGUUUGAGCACAUAAUCAAAACACAAGUCGCAGUUGAAACUUUUUUAAAAUGCUCACAAAAGACCAUUUUGUAAGCCAGGUCAGGUUGAUCUGACUUUCAACAUUUAGAAGUUGUUGUUUUUUUUUUUUUGCCUAUGUGCGACAUUCGAACAUAAGUUUGCGACCACUACAAAGUGAAAACUGAAGUUGCUUAGAUAAGGCUGUUUGCAGCUUUAUGCGUACCCACAAAAGUCACAAAAAAAAAUUAGGUGCACAUGCAACUUUUUUGUGCGUCCAGAGUAAGCAAAAAAAGGCUCUAAAUACCAUGAUUAAUGUCCCCCUAUGUUGGUUAUAACCUCCCAUGACAUAAGGAGCUGAUCGCAGAAUGUCCCCAGCAAUCAGAUGUAAUCAGUGGAGAAACCUGGCAGCUAGAGUUCUCCCUGAGCACCACCACAGAGGAAGUGAAGCAUUACACUGUGCCCACUGGAAUCUGUGGUCUGUCUGAUGCAUGAAUGAGGGAUUUCCUCUUUUAAGCCACUUUUCCUAAUACAAUAUCUAAAUCAUUUUUUAAUAAGAUUUUUUUAAAGAAUAAAGUUUGGUGGAGAAGAUCUUUAAGGUUAAAUUCCCAAAAUCACAUACUGGUUUGAGCAAUUUUUACAAUGUUCUUGCAUUCUAAAAACAAACAGAAAUAUGUGUGAUUUUUCUCAAAAUCCUGUUUAUACUCUAACAUUAAGAACUGUAUAUUUUUAUCACAUGCCCUAUCAUUUGGGUUUUAAAUCUUCUUUUUUAGCAGUGUUAUGUUGUUUACAUUGCCAUGCUGUGGAAAAAUGUAACCUUUAUGUUCACACGACGGAAAUUCCGCAUGGACAUACUGCAUGUGUUUCAGGUGGAAUUCCGCACUCGAAUUCACCCAGCGACGUUCUGCAGCUAAAAUUCAGCAUUCCACAAAACAUCAUGAAAAAAAGUCAUGUCUUAUAUUUUUGCGGAAUUCGGCUGCGGAAGCCCAUUGAAAUGAAUGAGUUUUUUUUUUUUUUCCUCCACUAAAUGGUAAAUUCGCACAGAUUCUGAGUGAGAUUGAACUUUUGUAAUGAAUAUAGGCAGUUUUUUUUUACAUGCACUGUGUAUUCAUGGGGGAAUUCUGCAUGAAUUCCACAAAAAUUCCAGAUAUCAAAAGAUGCGGAAUUCCGGACAAAUUAACACGGCAGCAGAAUUCACGCAUCUAUGGGGAAUUUCUGCUGUCUGAACAUACCCUAAGGGUCCGUUCACACGGGCGGAUUACCUACAGAAUUUCCGCAGCAUAUUUGCUGUGGAAAAUCCACUGUGGAUUUUGCUACCAUUGACUUCAAUGGAUCAGCAGAAAAUCCGCAGUAGAGGCAGAUUUGCAGAUUUUCCUUCGGACCCAUUGAAGUCAAUGGUAGAAAAAUCCGCUGCAGACUUUCCACAGCAAAUACGCUGCGGAAAGUCCGCAGGUAAUCCGCCUGUGUGAACGGACGCUAAGACUGGGAUUGCACAAAGCAAAAAUAUUUCACUUUGAAUCAGCUUAGAUAUGCAAAAGAAAAUCUAUAAUAAAACCUGCACGUUUCUUAUGUAUUACGUUGUGCAUUUGGACAUAGUUUUCCCCUUCUGCCUUGCAGUUGAUUUCAUCCACACUAAUAAUAAUGCAGUUUUACAGCCAAGCACAGGACUGGAUAGAAAAAUGAAUCCACUCCUAGGUUUGCCCCCAAAAAUCAACAAAUAUUCCAUAUUUGAAUCCAGCCUCAUGCAAAAAGAAAAGGACCUGUCAACUGCAUCAAAAGAAAUUUGCGCCACUCCAGCAGUGUCUGAUGAAACCGUAUAUAUUGUGGUAACUUAUUACGGUCUAGUUUAAUGACUGUGGGAAUGCAACUGCUCAUCUCAAAACAAAAUGAUGUCCAUUUUCCAGGAUGAAUCUAACACCUAAUGUAUUAGUCAUCACAAAUAUUCCCUUUUAUUUCAUUCUAUGAUCAACAGGAAACCCCUUCUUGCCCCCAGAGAACCGAUUUUUAAUAAUCAAAUAUAAAAAACAAAGAGACUCCAAUGCCUUAAGUGUCCCUUGUGGUUUGAGAAAUCACUGAUGUUAUGCUUAAACAAUCUUUUUACAUUUUUCUUACAUUUGUUUGUAACUACUUUGACUACCUUCUUAGUUGCACCCAAUUAUUUUAAAAUAAUGUGUUUCUAUUUGUAAAUUAUUUUCAAAUAGUUGAAAUCAGUAGUGCCUAAAAAUGUCCUCCUGAAAACCAAAAAGAAGGAAUGGAGGAAUUUCACAGCAACAUCUGACCAAUCAGGAAUAUAAGCCUCCUACAUAAGUGUUAUUUUUAUACAGUCCACUCGAUCUUGAGCUUCAUGUAUAAAGAUUAAUGUUGGCAAAACUAGCCAACCAUAUUAUUCAGGUGGGAUAGUGAAUCUAGUAAGACUGGUUGCUAUGGGACCCCCGCAUUAUUGCAUGCGGCACCCACCUGGUCUUUCACCGGAACCGCUGGAGGGUUUGAGUCGUGACUCCCAG